AUGGGUGUAAAUAUGCCAUCUUGUCAAUUUAUCACAAAAGAAACCAACCUGAAGACAAAGGGCAGAGUGAAAAGAAUUACAGAAAAAUGGAACAAGAGACCUGCCAAUGAAAAUUGCAAGAAACCUGCUGACCCUGCGUUAAUGAGCUCAUCAACUUCUUUAAUUGUUAAAUCUAAUUUGUGUGAGGUUCUGUUAUUUAUGAUCUUUAUUAGGCUUGAAGAGAAGCAAUUUAAAUCAGCUUCCCCCCUGAUCUGGGGAGGGCAGUGUGCAACCCUUUCAGGGUCUCUGGCGUCUCCACGGAGGGUGACAUCCCGUGACUUACACAGUGGUGGGUUAUUAGACGGUCACCUGGAGGCGUCUGAGGAACGCCCAGGAGGAGGGAAGGCCCGCGCGAGCUCCCCGCCCGCGCGAGCUCCCCGGCUCGGAGCAGGCGCCCUGGCGGCGCUCGCGCCCCCUGCCCCGCCCUCCGCGGUCGCCAGGGCGCAGGCUCGCAUCCCGGCGGCCGGCUGGGCCCGCGGCGCUCGCCCUCCCGCCGCCCGCCACGCCCGCCGCGCGCCCCGCUCCAUCGUCGGCCUCGCCGCGCCCUUGCUCGCCCCGGACGGGCCUGUCCCUGGCGGAGACUUGUCCGUGGUGGAAACCACAGAAGAACGAGGAUUCGCUUUAAAUUACAUUCGCCCGUGUGUUUUCAAUAAAGACUUCUUGUCCUCCACUGCAGCUGUCCUCAUACCCAGCAUGGGGACUUGCCAGGCAUCUUCAUUCAUGAUAUCUCAGGGCUUCAUUUAUGAAAAUGAAGCUGUUUUUCUUUUGAAUGGUAAAUUCAUAAAUGAAAUUAAUUUAAUAUCGGGAAGGACAAAGAAGAAAAUUCCUAGUCUGCAGCCUUUGUUAAAGGAUGUUAUUGUCCUAACAACAUCCAGUAAUGAUGCCUGGCUGGCUGGGGUGCUCACUACAGGAGAGCUUUUCCUCUGGAACAAAGAUCAAGAUUGUUUGAAAACUAUACAAGCAACUGAAAAGCCUAAGGAAAUGAUUAAAGCUGCAAUAGGCGAGAAUUUAUCAUUGCCAUACCGUGUUCACUGGGCACAGCAAGAUUGCCUUCUGUGUCGUCUAAUUCCCAAGUGUGAGCCAGUGAAGUCAAGAGGAGCUCUAAUCUCUGCCUUUUCAAGAGAUGGCCUUACCCUGGCAGCAACUCUUAAUCAGAAAGACCCAAAGGCAACUCAGGUAUUAUUUAUAAACACACUGAAUUUUGUUACUCUCUGUGGUAGCCUUAAAGGAUGUAGCAAUAAAAAUCCUGUGGUUCCAGCUACACUUAUCAGCCCUUCACUGAUGGGCCAGUGGUCCCAGAUCAUGCCUGAGGAAGCCGUUCAUUUGCCAUCCCCUGAAGAUAAAGAAGCUAUAGUGCAUGCUGCCUUUAUAAAAAAUGAGUUUGCUAGACCACAGCAGUUUACAUUUCAAGAUUCAAAUAAUUCUGUAGAUUCAUCAGCUUCUGAUAGUGACCCUAUGAGACAGAGAUUUUCUAUAAAAGCACACUCACGAUUACCCUACCUCAUUAUUUCUGAUGGAUACAUGGUCACAACCCUUCGAUUUCUUGAUAACCUGUCUCCAUCAGUGCUCAUGAGAUCCCUUCUACUCGAUUCAACCCAGAGGCUUGAGAAAAUAUACCAAAGUGUGGUAUUGUCUAAGCCAAAAGGCAAAGGACUGAACUUGCGAUCACUGGAUUCCCUAAGGCUGAGCCUGUUAAAACACCAAGGAAAUGAAAGUUCAGCUGAUUCUACUGUCCCCAGAUUCUUGCAGGUAGAGGAAACAAUGAAGUUAAAUGAAAGAACUGCAGAUUUGCAGGAUAUUGAAGCAGAAGAAACUAAUGAAGGCAUAUACUUUCCAAACAACUCAUUCUCUUUUUGGAACCAAAAUAGUGAUCCAUUGUUCAGUAGCGCCAAGGAGGGAAGGUUGGAAUUUGCUUCUAUGUUUGAUACAAUACAUGCAAAGGAUAAUACUGAGGAGACAGACAGAACCAUUACAGAAUUGCAUUCUGUCCAGAAAAAGCUCCUUGCAGCAUGGACUAUAGGAAUUUCAAAAAACGUGACAGAGAAAAAUUCAAUGUUAAGUUACACAGUAGUUUGUAUCACUCAUUUUUUCUACAUUCUUCAGUUUAUAAAAUGUCCUUUCCCCAAAUUUGAUCUUUUUUCAAACAAGAGCCCAAGACAUAAUGCAUGGGUACUUUGUAUCUUUCAACUUUUUCACCAGUGUUUAUCAAUCCAGUAUUGGGAUAUGAGAUACAGACAAGAUGUGGGACAUUUGGUAAAGCUGACCUCAAAUACUGUAAAGCUUUUGCUGACUCAGCAACAACAGGGUCAGUUAUUCUCAGAGAGGCUUUUAGCCUGUUUUCAUUUACUCAAAAUGGUAGCUGAGAAUUUAAAUGGCAUAUAUAGUCUUCAACCUGAAGCUUCAACGGAUGGAAGUAGAACAGCAAAUCAAGACUCACUGGUGGCACCUAUUUUUCGAAUAUUUCAAGAUCGCGGUUCUCAGAAACACCUGUCUUGGAACUCAUCUUUCAAGAUUUGUCCUCAAGUAGUGAAUCUUGUUCAACAGCCAGGACACAGCUUUUCAGAUCCCAUUGAAGAGGAAGAUGCAAAUCUGCUGUUCGGUUCAGUGCAAGAAGUACUGAAAGCAGCAGUUAUGGCCGAUGCAGAUAUUCUCUCGGAGGCAUUUCAGCUCCUGAUGAGCUCUGCCAAGGACUUCAGUAGGAGACUGUGGGGUUUAGUGCCGGUCGGCUUGUAUCUUCCAGCUCCUCCGUUAUAUUGUCCACAGCCAGCUAAUCUUAGCGAACUCACAGAGCAGCCCCUACGAUUUAUUCCUCUGCAGCACUCUAAGGUGGCCAGUGUUGUUAGAGAUCAGAAUCUUUCUAAUGUGUGGACAGUUGAAUAUACCCUGGAAUUACUAUUUAUUGGUGGCCUGUUUCCAGAAGCUGUGUGGUUGGCACAUAAACUCGGAGACUGGAAGACAUCUGUUUCAAUUGGUGUGGCUUUCCAACUGUUCUGUAAACUAGAUAGCAAUUUCACGAGGCUCAAGAAAAAGGGUCAGAAUCUACAAUUAAAUAUGACUCCAGCACAGAUUUGUUGCUUCAGAGAACUUUGUGCUUUGUGUUGGAUGCUGCAUAUCCGUGAUAAGUUAUCCUAUAGUUGCAGGCAAUAUCAGAAAGCAAGAGAACAUGUGGAGGGAAAGAAGGGCCUCGAAGUGGAGUUUGAUUCUUGUAUGGUUGAGCACUGUCUCAGUGCAGUGGAAUGGGCUUAUAGAAUGCUACCCUUCUCUCGGUUUUUUAAUAUUGAAGAACUUAUUCAGGAUCUAAUUUUGAGCCUUGUUGGAGAGCUGCCACCAAUCAGAAAGGUAGCAGAAAUUUUUGUGAAAGCGUUUCCUAAUCCUGAGGACAUAAGGGUUCCUUUAAGAGAAAAAUAUCACUCUCUUCAACAGAGACUCAGACACUGUGUGGUGAAAGGUAGAAAUGCUCCAAAUCACAUGGAAUUAACAUUGAUCGAUAAGCCCAACAAUAAAAAGAAAAUAUGUAAUCAGAAAGAAAGCCCUAAAAGAAAAGAUCAUGAAAAGUUAUUACAAAAUGCACUUCCUGUAAUAGGAGUUUGGGAAUUUGAACGUGAUGAUGAUGAAUAUAUUAAAUUCCUUGAUCUCUUCUUGAGUUAUGUUCUUGAAAGAGACCUACUUGAUUCCAAGGAUCCUGGCAUUCCAUUUCUAACCAGUUUUUCUGGACAUCUUAAAGAACAUGAACUUAAUUCUUUACUUUUUGAUGUACAUACAACGUUGAAACGACGUCAGGGCAAAACCAAAAGCCAGAAUGUAUUUAGAGCUGGCUCCUGCUUUGCUGUUGCUCCAGAGACACACGAGUCUGAAAAAUUAGAAAGCCAGGCACUUGCAGGUUCAGCCCUGGUUCAUGAAGGGAGCAGACGUUUUUUAGAGAAUGCUUUGAAUGAAGUUCAUAAAAAUGAAGAGAAGAGUGGAUUGUUUGGUUUAAAACAAAAGUCAAUUUACAGAAUACAAGAUGACAAUGCAGAGAAACCUUUAAUCCAGAGAUUGUCAAACCAUAUUUUUUGGACUCCCAUUCCCACUAAAACUACAAGAUGUGUUUUCAAAGCAAUUCAAAACGAUGAUGUUAUCCCUCAAGAAGACCUUCCUCUAGCACUGAAUAACACACUUGACAGCAUAAGAAGGCUGCUGGAAUGGAUGAUAAGAUGGUCUGAUAGAAGAAUGCUCUGUGAUCCUGGUCUGACUGAGUCAUCCAGUGAGUACAGCCCUGUCAUUCGUGUAAAGACCUCUUCAGCUGCCAUCCUUACAUCACUGUGGCUUUUGGAACAACCCUAUUUUGCUGCAUAUAAUGCAAAAAAUGCCAUUAUUAAGGUGCAGGAGAAUCAGUACACUGAGGCUCAGAGUGGACCUGAUAUUGAGAAUGAUUGCAAAACAGAUGCUGGCUGUUGCGUUGUGGUACCGACUCCAGGCGGGACUGAGGAAAGAAAUUCUCCAAAUCAAUCUUGUCAAAGUGUUUUGAAGUAUAAAUUUCUACAACAGAUCAACUUCAUAAGCCUAAUGCAAAUCGUAGGAUCAUCCUUUGCUAACCUCCCAGAUACACAUCAACUUCUACAGCAACCUCAGCCUGGGCGUUUGGUGGGAAGCCAAGUAUCAAACCCUGCAGGAGGGAGCAGUGAUGCUGAAGCUACCAGCAGAAAUGUGAAGGAGAGAUUUUUCAUUAAACCGCAGUCCAUGGGCGAGCACGCCGGAGAGCCUGGCAAGAACAGCUCACACUGCCAUAAAGGUGUGCAGUCUGAUCAAACUAGUCAUGGAAAUUUACAGAAUGUUCCCCAUGGGAGUAUUCCUUGUCAAUUAGAGAACCAGCCCCAGACUAGAGGAUUGCCUCCAGCAUCGGAAAGCUUACCGACCAUUUCAUUGUCCUCAGCCCCUGCUGCAAAUACUCACCUCUACCUUUUGUCCACAUCUUCUGCCAUUCCCAAGACGCCUAGGCUUAUCCCCCCAGCUGCAAAAACGUUCAGACCUGGUGAUGGUUUUCCUUUGCUUCAGUUUCAGCCUAAGCCUGAGUCUAAGCCCCUUUCCUUCCAUAAAGAAAGAGUUCCGCAAGUUCCCUCCAGGCCGCAGCCACAGCCAAGAGAGGCAUGGGGAUCAUCCGAUUCCUUCGAACCCCCUUUGCCACAGAGAGGAAUGCACAUGACUUCGAUGUCCCAUUUGAAUUUGAGCCAGUAUAAUACUGAUGCCGUGAAAAAGGCAGUGGAACAGAAGAAAUGGGAAGAAACUGUAAUUACAGAAAUCCCUAAGCAUGUGAACUUGGAUCAGUAUGUGGGACAAGAAAACUUGAUACCUCAACAGGACUCUUCAAUAUUUAUAAAACCAGAAAAACUAUUCGAUGAUAAGCCAGGGCCCCUUGAGAGAUCUCCUCAGAACUCCUUUGGACUUCCAUUAUUGCACCUGCAACUUAAACCUCCGUAUAUGUUUUCUUCCAUCUCAAAAGCAUCAGUUACAGUUCCCUCAAUACCUGUCAGAACUGUAGCAGAAGAAAGAAAAUACCCAAGACUAUCAUUACUUCAUUCAUGUCUAUCUCAGGAAACUAUGUACAAAAACCCUCAGCUUAUUCCACUUGAAAACCUCAUUGCAUUCAAACAAAGCCAACAGAAACUAACACAUUUAUUUGAACAAGGCGACCCUGGACACCUUCAGCUUCUUAAGGUCAAAAUAGAACCAUCUGAAGUGAGACAAGGAAAGGACAGUAAAAAAAGGCAAAGACGACGAGCUGAGAAAGAGUUGCAAGAAAAAAGAUCAGAGAAACUGAGGAGAAAACCAAGUGUGACUUUCCAACCAGAGGAUUCCAUCAUUAAUGAUAAUGAUUCAGAAACAGUUAUGAAACCCCAGGAGCAACAAGAACAUCAUGAUUCCAAGCCUUUGGAUGACUUUGAAAUUCCUUUUGAAAUGCUACAAGAUGAUGUUCAUACUUCGGCUGGAUUGCAUUUCAUGGCCUCUGUAAGAAGGAAAGCUAUAGAAUGUCAGGAUGCAAGUACAAAUACAGACCCAGAUAAAGAAGCUGCUUCUCAAGUUGUUUCUGAAUGUCGUAAAAGUCAACAAAUCAUUUCCUCCACAUCAGAAUGUGAACCGUUGAAUGUUCCUCAGCUGUUGGCUUCAGAUGUAUGUCUGAAUCUCAAACUUUCCACUGAAAUAUCAGAGAAACCUUUGUCACUUUCAGCAUCUGAUCAGGUGGAACACACUUACAUAAAUGUGAUUGACAUUGAAGCUGAUGAGCUAGAGGAAGUACCUGACAGAGAAGAGCCUCCAGAGGAUGAUGUUAUCAAACAGCACCUAGAAGUCCCAUCCUCUGCAGAGUUACAUUACAUGGCAGCUUCCGUUACUAAUGCUGUUCCCCCACGCAACUUUAAGAGUCAAGAAUCUGCCAAUUCCGCUGCGGAUUUAUUUUUUAAACCUGCAAAAGUGUCUCCAUCUUGUCUGGAUGGAAGGAGCUGGGGAGCAGGCAUUACAGAAGUGAAGGAGCCUGGAAUCACCUCACCUACGUCAUCAGACGUGGAGCAGGACAAAGAUGUGCCGAAACCAAAUUUUCGAUUCAAAGACCAGAGCUCACAGUCAGAUGCUACAGAAGACUAUCGGCUGCAGGACCACCUACUGCAGGCACUGCAGCAGGAUGUCUCCCCCACUCGUCCUGCGCCCCGCUCUGCAGCCUGCCGACUAAAGCAUCUCAGCUCUGAGCUUCACAGAAUUGAUGAGCAGCUGCUCGCAAUACAGACCAUAGCUGAGAACAUAGAGCAGGAUUUCCCCAGACACGGACUGCUAGACCCACAUGGUGAUAAGGUUGGACCUUUGGGUCACAUUGAAUUGUCCUCUGGCCCUGAAACUGAAAAAACAACGGCUUCAAGAACCAUUAGUAUUUCUGAAAAAGACUCUGGAUUAGUGCACUUCCUGACUCAUAUGAAUCAGGAAGAUCCAAGUGACAACGAACAAACUUUAGAAGCUGAAUUUUUCGGAACAGAAACUCAUCCUAGUCAGAAAACCUGUGUGUUUCCUUCUGCCGAUUCAGCUGUCAGCCUUUCCAGUGACCAGAAUACAACUUUUCCAGGCAUGAAUAACAGUGAUGAGUUAUUUGAGAGUGUUUCAGUAGAUCCACUCCAGAUGACGGGAUUGACUGAUAUUGCAGACAUUAUUGAUGACCUUAUAACAAAAGAUGGAGUUUCCAGUGAAGAGCUGGGCUUAACAGAACAACAAGCUAAAAGUUUCUCCAGGAUUCAGCAUUCUUCCAGUAGACGUCCUCGAAGAACUGAGGAGAGAAAAGAAAUUCAAGUCUGGAUGAAAAGAAAACGGAAAGAAAGAAUGGCAGAGUACUUAACUGAGCUGGCAGCAAAGAGAGGGCACGAACACAAUCCUUUCUGCCGCAGGAGCAAUCCAUUUUACAUGACUUCCAGGGAAAUCAGGCGGAGCCAAAAGAUGAAGCGUGAGAAAGACAGAGUGCUACUCUCUGACCACUAUAGUCGUCGAAUCUCACAAGCAUACAGUCUGAUGAAUGAACUGUUAUCGGAAUCAGUACAACUACCAGCAACUGCACAGAAACCAUUGCCUAAUAAGCCCAGAGCUGCUCAAAGCUCCAGACAGCAACGCCCCCUUUCUCCAAAAGGAGAAAAUCGACAUGGUCACAAUUUUUCAAUAAAUCAACCUGGAAAAGUCAGAUACAUACCCAAAGCCAGUUACAUCCCAAAAGGGGAACCUUUUGGACAACCUCAUGGCUCACCUUGGCCACGUGGAACUGCCCCGUUCACCAUGCAGGACGCUGGUGGGGCCAAAGCUGCGGGAAGAAAGGCUGUGCGGAACCCAGUGAGCUUCCAGAAAGGCUCUACUGCUCCAUGUCAUAGACUGAAGCACAUGGAGACGCACGGAAGAGCUGGGCUUGCACCGCAGACCAUGGAGGUGUGUAUAGAGUACUCAAGAGAGGAGACUGUGGUGAGUCCCUGGAUGUUACCUUCAGACAUCCAGAAGAUGCUUCACGACAGUCACAAUUCCCUUCUACAGGACUUGUCACCACCUGAAGAAGAGCCAGAGCCACCUUUCGGGGCGGGCGGCACCGACAGCAUGUCUGAGAGCACUGGCAGCCUCCUCAGCAAGCUGGACUGGAACGCCAUUGAAGACAUGGUCGCCAGCGUGGAGGACAAGAACCUGUCUGUCCACUGGGCCCUGGACCUGUAAGGCCUCAGUGUCACUGUUGCCAAGCCAAGGCCAGCACCUCAGUGAUGUAGUUCUGAAAGAUGUGUGGGUUUAAGGGGGAGAAGCAGUGAACGAAGUGAUGUGAACUAACCACCUGCAGCCAUAUUAUCACCUGGAUUAGCCAUUUCAAGAGGGAAAAUAAAUAGCGCUCAGGAAUUUUGCCUUCAUGGGAAAGGGUUGUUUAACAGUAGAUGUAUUAUAUGUUUUUGCAUUUGACUUAUCUUUAGGCAUAAUUUUUUAAAUGAUGAAAAAAAUAAAUCAUACCUUUCA